CGUUGGAACAACAAGUGAUAUUCCAAAUAGUUUUUGUUCAACUUUUUAAGCUAUUAAGUUGCAUGCACAACAAGCCUCUGAAAAAGAGUAUAUGGCAGAGCAGCAGCAGCAGGACGAUGAUGCGCGGGCACGAGGGCUUUCUAAGCUAGACGCCAUUGUUUUGGAAUCCUUCAUUUCUCCCUCCCAAGAAGAACAACUACGCCAAUUACCCGAAUGGGCGCUUUUUGAAUCGCAGACAGAAAGCCCUUCCAAGUUGAUGCCAAUUUCCCAACAAACAACGCCAACGUCUUCUCGACUCUCUGCCCAAGACAAAUUCACAGUGGGCUGUCAUCCUACAAUGAUAUAUACGCCAACAGACACAGAAAACCCAGACGAGAAAGAGGACGAGGAACAGCCUCCUGCAAAUGCUAAUGAUGAUGAUGACGAUAGUUAUGAAGCUAAGUUUGAGAGUGAUCGAGAUUGUUCCCUGAAUACCCAGUCCCAAAAUUUCGUACACCUUGCCAAAUCCUUCCCCUUAGGUGGCCUUAUUUUGAAUGAUCACUCUCCAUCCCCAGUUAGAUUGGAUCUUGCCUUACCUGAAUCUUCCUCUGUUUCUUCCAAGAGAGGCAUUCCAAAUUUAAACUCCAAGAAGAAGAUUAACCCUAAACCCGCUUCUUGUCGCCGAAUUAUGGACGAGGAGGAGGAGAACUCCCAAAUGAAGACCACUCAUAAUGCCAAAAUUCUUCCUGACAUUGUCGAAGAUAGCCCCGUCGACCUGCCCAAGCCUGCCACCCAAUUGGGGGUUAUAGCACGCAUUGCCCGAUUCGACAACUGUCCAACCCUAAAUUUCAGUCCUAUUGACACCCAAUUGACGCCAAAUCUCAAUACCCAAUGCCUUAAAGGUUACACCCAAACUGAUAGUGAAAUGCAUUUUUCUCAUAACUCGGGAGAAGAGCAGGAAGAAGCUACUGAGUGCGAAGAAAUCAGCGCAUGCAGAGUUUUGCCAACUUAUUUCACAGCUGACUCUGUGCAGAAAAAUACACCUACAGAUUUGGAAAAGGAUACCCAAAUGGGACAGGAUAGGGAUGGCCAAUAUGUUCUAAAGAGGCGGCGCAAGGAGCCCAAGCUUUUUCCAAAGAAUCUUAUGGAUGUCAUCAUGCAUUUUUCGGGAGAGCCUCCUGUUGGGUCCGAGGAUGUUGAUAUUGUGGAAACAGCUAUUAAGGCUGGAUAUACCUUUCCCCCACCACUUUCUAGGCACCGUUAUCAAGCAUAGCCAAUGUGGAAUUGCACAUGCAGAUCAGAUUAGGCUCCGUACACUGGUUUCAGGGCUGGGGAGGGCAGGGAAUGGCGGGAUGUGUUUCUGGUACGGGGUACUUUUGGGCCAUUUUCUAGGGGACGGCAGGGCUGUUAAAAACAUAGGGGAUUUUUAAAAAUAUAGCAAAAUUUCAAAUAUGCAUAUCAUAGCAACGAUAAAGAAUUCAUCAUAGACAUUAAUACAUAGCAUUAGACUUGAAUUGAGAUUUCACAUGAGAAUCGACAAAGUAGUCAGGCAAUACAUUACAAUAUAACAUGAUAUGAGGUAUUGCUGAUGGAAAUCUGAUUUAAAUGUUCUGAUUACAAAUUCAGUUUGCUACUAUAUCCAAAAUGAUGCCAAAUAUUAUUGAUAAUUCAUAUAAUCUUGUACCCAACCUAGAAUACCUCACAUAUGAUGAAUGUAGCUGAGGAUGAUCUGUAAUCAUGCUGAAACUGCUAUAACGAUGUAAUGUCCCAUUUUCCUCAUAAUCACCCAUUGAGACAUUUAGUCCAUUUUAGACUAAAUUGGAGCAAUAAGAGAAUAAUAAUUAAUUAGA